AUGGCUUCCAAGAUCGUCAAAACACUGGCCGUCAUGGCCGCAGCCAAGACCGUUGAAGCUCACACCUGGGUGGAAAUGAUCCGUCGUAUCUCGUCAAGCGGUGCCUUUGUCGGAGAGACUGGCUAUGCCAUGGGCCACAUGAACCGCACCGAUACUGGCUUCGCCGAUACUGCCGUCCAAGUCAAGUUUCUCGAUGUCACCUCAAAUCCGGCCGUAUGUGGUGAUAUUGGAAAGGCUGGCUACACCAACGCAGCCUACCCGCAACUCUCAGCAUCACCCGGCGAGUACGUCGCCAUGCAAUAUGCCGAAAACGGCCAUGUGAGCUUUCCCGACCUGACGCCGCGAGGUUACCUUGGUGGAAAUGUCAUGAUCUACGCCACUACCGAGGACGUUACCGACGUUGGCAUCAACGACGCCCUGUACUCGUGGAACGCCGAGGGUACUGGCGGUAACGGCAAGGGCAAGCUCAUUGCCAGCCACUUCUUCGAUGACGGCCAAUGCUUUGAAAACCCCAACAGCUCGCCCAUCCGUGAUGAGCGAGCCGCCAAGACCAACGUCAGCAGCUUGCUCUGCCAGAGUGUCGCUCAGCUGCCCGAGGACCUCGAGACCGACGGUACUGUCAACCUUUUGUGGAUCUGGGACUGGGGCCAGAACCCCAACAUUGCUGGCGAGAACACGACUGAAAUCUACACGAGCUGCAUGACGGUCAACCUCACGGCCAGCGACACGGACGCUGCCACCAGCGUCAAGGCAUUUUCGUGGUCCAAGAAUGUUGACAUUAGUGAUGCCGCAAUUCCCGGCCAGAUCUCGACUCUCAUUGAGGUUGAGCAGCGCGGAACCGGUAGCGCUUCACCGGCAGCCGUCACUGAUGUCCCCGUCGCCACUGGUGGUGCUAGUGGCAAUGCUACCAUCACUGCUACAGCUACCACGACCGCCUCGGGCUCCAAGUCCACCCACAAGUCCACCAAGACCCGCAGCCGGAGUGGCAUCACGACCGUGACAGUGACCGCCGACGCCGAAACCGUCACCCAUUACCAGACCAUCACUGUCGAGGCCGGAGCUGGUAACAGCGAGGCCACCACCACUCGUCAAUCUUCGGCCGCUGCCACGACGAGUGCCUCGGGCCUCAAGACUUCCGUCAGGAGUUCCAGCAGCUCCUCGAGCCAGGCUGGAGGCAUUGAUAUCAGCAUUGCCCCCUUUCUCAAGGCACGCUCCACAGGCCAGGCUCGUCGCUUGCAGUAA